AUGUAUAUUGAGGAACUGAAAGAGGGAGGUUCUGAGAGUGGUGAGCACCAAGUUUGUAGUGAUCUUUAUGAUAGCGGUGCUUUGGUUGUUUGGGACCCAAAAAAGGUUUUAGUUGGAGCCGGGGCCCGUGCCCUUUUCUAUCCGACAUUGUUGUAUAAUGUUGUCAGAAACAAAAUCCAGUCCGAGUUCCGGUGGUGGGAUAAGGUUGAUGAGUAUGUUUUGCUAGGAGCCGUUCCAUUUCCCACUGACGUGCCUCGCUUGAAGGCUCUUGGUGUAGGUGGGGUUGUUACCUUGAAUGAGCCAUAUGAGACAUUAGUCCCGACGUCAUUAUAUCAUGACCAUGGCAUCGAGCAUUUGGUGAUUCCCACCCGUGAUUAUCUUUUUGCUCCAUCAAAUGGGGAUAUAUGCCUGGCUGUAGAGUUUAUUCAUGACAAUGCACUGUGUGGCAAAACUACAUACGUUCAUUGUAAGGCUGGCCGAGGGCGUAGCACUACAAUUGUUCUGUGUUACCUGGUUAAACACAAGCAAAUGACCCCUGAAGCUGCAUUAGAGCAUGUGAGGUCCAUUAGGCCAAGGGUGUUAUUGGCCUCUUCCCAGUGGCAGGUUGUUCAAGAUUAUUACCAUGAAGUCAACAAACCUGACACCAAAACUUAUGCAAACAAUUUACUCAUUGAUUUCCCCACCAAAAUCGUUGAACAAGAUGAUUUUGACGAAAAUUCGUUGGUGGUAAUAACUGAAUCAGACCUUGAUGGAUAUGAUGAGGAAAAAAACCAUGGCUCUGACUCGACAGGUAAGAAGAACAUGCUGGCCGAAGUAAACCUUGCGUGCAAAGUUCAUUUUGCCAGUCAAGCAGCAAUUUCCAGGCUCUCGUGCCUAUGGGUUCGCUGCCAGACGGGACAGAAAGUGUCGAGAAAGAAGCUCUCGAGCAAUGUUAGAAAUGGCCGAAUUGGGACAAUGGGUGUCGAUAUCCAUGUUUAUUGA